AUGCACUCUUUUGAAGUAUUUCUGUUUGCCUCUUGUAGGUGGUUGUUCAGAGACGGUCUUCUCCCUGAACAGACAUAUUUUGUGGGUUUUGCGCGUUCUGAUCUGACCGUGGAUGCCAUACGUGCAGCCUGCAUGCCCUACAUGAAGGUGGCAGACUCUGAGGCAGAGCGGCUCGCUGCGUUCUUCAGCAGAAAAUCUUACAUCAGCGGGGAGUACGCGGAUGAAUCCUCUUUCGCUAACCUGAACACUCACCUGCUGUCCCUGCCUGGAGGAGCUCAGGCCAACCGGCUCUUCUACCUGGCCCUGCCGCCCAGCGUCUACCACGACGUCACCAAGAACAUCAAACAUCAGUGCAUGAGCACCAGAGGCUGGAACAGGAUAAUCGUGGAGAAGCCUUUUGGACGUGACCUGCAGAGCUCAGAGGAGUUAACCUGUCAUCUCUCUUCUCUCUUCACUGAGGACCAGAUUUACCGUAUAGACCAUUAUCUAGGCAAAGAGAUGGUCCAGAACCUCAUGGUUCUCAGGUUUGGAAAUCGGAUAUUUGGCCCCAUAUGGAACCGGGACAGUGUGGCAUGUGUGGUUCUGACCUUCAAAGAGCCGUUUGGUACCCAGGGCCGGGGAGGAUAUUUUGAUGAUUUUGGUAUCAUUCGUGAUGUGAUGCAGAACCACCUGCUGCAGAUGCUCUCUCUGGUUGCCAUGGAGAAGCCUGCAUCCACCAGCUCUGAUGAUGUUAGAGAUGAGAAGGUAAAGGUGCUGAAGUGCAUUGAGCCGGUCUCUGUAUCAGAUGUGGUCUUGGGUCAGUAUGUUGGAGAUCCAGAUGGGGAAGGAGAGGCUAAACUGGGUUAUCUAGAUGACAAAACUGUCCCUGAAGGCUCCACUCAGGCUACAUUUGCCACAGCAUUGCUUUAUGUAAAGAACGAACGCUGGGAUGGCGUUCCCUUCAUCCUCAGGUGUGGAAAGGCUCUGAAUGAGAGGAAGGCAGAGGUGAGGCUGCAGUUCACCGAUGUUCCUGGAGACAUCUUUAGCUCUCAGUGCAGGCGGAACGAGUUGGUGGUCCGUGUGCAGCCCAACGAGGCCAUCUACGCCAAGAUGAUGAGCAAGAAACCCGGAGUCUAUUUCAGCCCUGAGGAGACCGAGCUGGACCUGACCUACCACAGCAGAUACAGGGACGUUAAGCUGCCUGAUGCCUAUGAACGUCUGAUUCUGGACGUCUUUUGUGGCAGUCAAAUGCAUUUUGUACGAAGUGAUGAGUUGAGGGAAGCCUGGAGAAUCUUCACUCCUCUUCUUCAUCAGAUAGAGAAGCAGAAGACGCCACCCAUCAAAUACAAAUACGGAAGCCGUGGUCCUGCAGAGGCUGAUGAGAUGGUACAGAAAGUGGGAUUCCGCUACGAGGGUACAUACAAAUGGGUGAACCCACACAAACUGUGAAAGAAGACGAC